GACCUGCCAAGCCAGGGAAGGGAUGCAUCGUGUUUACCCCCUUCCUCAUGCAUUCAUCCCAUCCUGUCAACCGGGACCCGCUGCUUUUUUUCUCGACGUCCUCGCGCCUUUCUUGUUCACCUUCCACUUCUUUCCAAAACUGUGCAUUUCUUGGCCUGGAGCAAUUAAAUACUGUUUUGAGAGCUUCCCGCAAACCGACGUGAAUCACCUGUCGCUGCCAUGGCAUUGCAAGCCGCCUAUAGACAGUUUCUGGCCACGCCGAAUUCGUCGGCGCUCACGGAAGACGCGUCGCUGCACUACACCACGACCACAUCGAGCUUCACUGGCGCGACCGAGAUCAUCAAGCACCUAGGAUCGGUGCGGAACAAAAUCAAGAAGAAGAAGGAGGACGCGCUCUUCGCCAUCGAGAACCAGCAUGCCCUCGCCCUCGAAGUCGACACCACGCUGGAGUUCAUCUCCAGCGGCGGGCCGUAUCUUCCCGGCCUGGACGACAAUUUUCUAGCUGAUCGCACCGUCUACCUUGUGGUUACUCACAUUGUGACCUUCAACGAUGAGGGCAAAAUCAAAUCAAUCCGCCAAAGCUGGGACCAAGGCGCACUUCUCAAGCAGGUUGAGGUGAUUGGCAGAUCGGGCCAGAAUUGGCCCAUCCGCGACAGCAAGGAACAAAUCAGCCUUAUCGCAAAGUGUGUCAAGGGCGACGGGAUUCCCGCUGCUCCCACCCAGGCUCUGCCCACACGCUCCCGCGGUAGUUCAACGAAUGCCAUGCGCGACCCGCAUGCGACCCUCGACUUGUUUGCGCCGCGUGAGGAACUCGAGAACGUCCCCGCCUCUGUCGUCUCACCAUAUGCUGGAAGGAGACCUCGCCAGCGCUCAUUUACCGAGAUUCUGGGCGACGAGCCCAUCGACGAGCCCAGCUCGCCUAGCAACGGUCGCGAGCGCUCGAUGUCUCCCAGCAAGGUGAUUGCGCCCAAGGUCGGCGCAGGCAAGAACUUCCAGGCCCCGCGCCUUUUCGAGAGCGAGGAGGAUGACGCUUCUACCGACGCGCAGCACGAGCGGAAAUCGAGCGCCGGACGCGUCGUGCGCCCAGACCCGAAGAAGUAUGAACACUUCGAAUUCGACGACGGCUCGCAGUCUCAGGAGGCUCCCGCUCCGAAACCUGCUCCCCCGCAAAAGAGCAAGCGUGAUAGCCAAUGGUCUUUUGAGGACUUCGUGACACCGCAAAAGCCCGUGGCCAGCCGUGGCCUCCAUCGCGCCCGCGACGUGCGCCACUGGGGCGAGGAUAACGAUGUGCUUGAGAACACGCCCGCUCCCAGGGCGGCAGUGAACAAGCCUCGCCGUGAUGCAGAGGCCCACUUUGAGCUGGUUGAUGACGGCCCGACGAGCGACGAGCCUCGCGGUGCUGGCCGGCCGCCCCGCGGCACCCAUCACAACGAGGGUUUGCACCUGUACGACAACAGGCUGCACCACGAGGACGGCACUGUCCCCUCGCCCGGUCCGGCACCGCUUGGUAACAUCACCAACCUUAGGGACCGGCACAAGACUUUCGAACCCCACUUCGAAAUGACGGAUGAGUCGCCGCACCACAACGACGAACCUGCGAAGGUGCCCGAGGACCGCAAGAAGGCGGUGCGCAUGAUGGAGAGCAACUGGGCCCCGUACGAUGAGUCGCCGGUGUCGCGUAAGGAGAACGAUAACCCAAGCGGCACACGGGCGGGUGACGAUCGCGGCAUCGUGAUCGCGGGCGAUGGCAUGGGCGGCAGGAAGGGCACCGGCCGGAACUGGAUUACCGGUGAAGACGACGAGGCUCCUCAGCCCGUCAAGAACAAGGCUGGCCGUGGCCCGCCGACCAAGUCGGAUAAUUUCUGGGAUUUCUAAAGCUCGGCAUGUUUAGCAAAUCGUUCGCUGUUUGCGUCGGCGAGGAGGAACCGCGCGGACGCCGUUUGAUGAUUGAUGUACUAUGCGUGGCGGAUGAUUCAUGAGAACAACACCGACGUUUAUACACUGGGCCAGGCCAGGCUAAUUACGGGGUCGUUCUAGUCGCUGCCCAGACUUGUUUGUUUUCCGUUGCCACA